AUGGAUAAAGUCAAGGUGGUGGAAAAGGAGAAAUGGAAACUGAAAGCACAGGAAGGAUGUGGGAUGAGAGAUGGUGCCGGUGAGGAUCGCAAGAAGGCGUAUGAAUGGUUGACUGCAAAACGGGUGGUGUGCUCUCCGCAGCAGCAGCAGCAGCUGCAGCAGCAGGAAGCUAUGUGGGGCUGGUGCUCACACUCGAAAGUGAACUCUAUACCCGCCCAAGCCCUGGGGCCAUUCAUUCAGAGCUCCCUGCGGCUCCCUGAAGACAGCAGGACACAGAUUGACCAGGCAGUCAACGCCAUCUGCGCUGUCCUGCAGGACUGCCCGCAGCAACCCGUGGUUGGUGGAGUGGCCAAACUUUCAAAACGGAUAAAAGGGAGAGAGGAAGACGACCAGCUCAGCGUGCUGGGAAUCUGGGCAUCUAAAAGGAGCCGGACUUGGCAUCCGAUCAAUGAGAGGGCACUGCUCGCCAGCAGGAUGUCUGCUUCCCAUGAUUAUUUCUACCCACUCAAGGCUGCUCUCUGGUUCUGCAACAGCAAGGAGUGGGACUCAGGCCCUGGUGAGAAGCCCAGCGCCCAGAUCUAUCGAGAGUUGAAAAGUUUCUUGGACACAACAUUAUCCCGGCCCAGUGACUUCUCAGUCUGCUUCAUGACGCUCCAGGAGGAAUUUUUUAAGAACCGUCCCAGAAAACUGAAGGAUUUGAUCCUCUUGGUAAAAUACUGGUAUCAGCAGUGUCAGGAAAAGCGUAGGGAUCCAGGCAAGCUGCCUGCCUAUGCUCUGGAGCUGCUGACGGUGUAUGCCUGGGAACAGGGAUGCGGACAAGACGACUUCGAGCUAGCCGAAGGCAUCCGAACUGUUCUCUGGCUCAUCACGCAGCACAAGAAGCUGUGUGUCUACUGGACAGUCAACUACAACUUUGAGAAUGAGACGAUGAAGAAUAUCCUGCUGUACCAGCUCCGGGCACCGAGGCCAGUCAUCUUGGAUCCAGUUAACCCGAUGCAUAAUUUGAGUGGAGGUCCAGACAAGUGUUGGGAAUGGCUGGACCAGGAAGCUCGAGUCUGGCUGUCGUUUCUGCGCCCGGAUGAUGGGUUCCCUGGACCAUUCUGGAAUGUUCUGCCAGCACCUCUCUACAUCACCCCGGACCAUCUACUAGAUAAGUUCAUCCAAGACUUUCUCCAGCCCAGCAAAGAGUUCCUGGAUCAGGUCAAGAAAGCUGUUGAUAUUAUCUGUUCAUUCCUUAAAGAAAAGUGCUUCCAAACUUCAGUAGAUCGGAUCAAGAUUCAGAAGAUCGUCAAGGUGAUGAAGGUGGAGAUUUCCAAGUGGUGUGCUCCCAGGGUGCUCAGCUUCUCCCUGAGGUCCAAAGAGUUGCCGGAAAGUGUGGAGUUUGACCUGCUGCCCGCCUUCAAUGCCCUAGGGUUAUGGACACCAGGCUCCACCCCCAGCCCCACUGUGUAUGCGGAACUCAUCCGGCUGUUUGACUCCUCAAAGUAUGUCAAGGGAGAGUUCUCCUGCUGCUUCACAGAGCUGCAGCGCGACUUCAUCAUCUCCCGUCCGACCAAGGUGAAGAGUUUAAUUCGCCUGGUGAAGCAUUGGUACAAACAGUGUGAACGGAAACUGAAGACAAAGCGAGACCCUACCCACAAAGUCUCCCUGCCCCCAAAGUAUGCCUUGGAGUUACUGACGAUUUACGCCUGGGAACAGGGCAGCGGGGAAGUGGAUUUUAACACUGCCCGAGGCUUCCAGACCGUCCUGGAGCUGGUCACACAAUACCAACAGCUCUGUAUCUUCUGGACAGUCAACUACAACUUCCAGGACCCAACUGUGGGGAACUUCCUAUGGCGCCAGAUUCGGAACACCAGGCCCGUGAUCCUGGACCCGGCUGAUCCCACUGGCGAUGUGGGUAGAGGAGAUAGCUGGGACUGGCAUCUUCUAGCCCAAGAAGCCAAAGAGUGGUUGUCCUCCUCCCUCUGCUUCAAAGAUGGAGCUGGUUCCACGGGGACACCCUGGAGAGUCCCGCUGGUGCAGACCCCGGGAAGCUGUGGAGCCAGGAUACAGUCCAUUGCCCAUUUCCAUCCAGAAGCCAUCAUGUCCUGGGCCAGCACUGCCAGAAGGCACUUCUAGACGUCAUAGCCGAGCAAAAGAGUCACCCUGAGCUAUUAUCCCUUUCUGGCCCCCAUUGCCCCUCCCUUUGCUUCCCCGACUCCCCUUGAAAUCAAGCUCCCAUGGCCCUUCUCCAUCCAGUCCACAGCUGCUUCCUUAAACAUGUCUGCCCAGCCUGC